AUGUUACGCCUACGCCCGUCAGAACUUACCCUGACGCCCGACGAUGUCGAAGAGACAUUCCGUCGCAUAGCACUCAGGCAGGCAACAAGACCUCAGUCAACUCUGCCACGCCGCCCUCUAGGACAACCCGGACGGCCCAUCCUUCGACGUGGUCCACAGAGAGCAACUCGGGAUGCCCUCACUGCCCUGGGCAAGAUUCCCUUCUUGCAACCACAGCAAGCACUUGUCACAUCUGUUGAUGAGGACGGCGAGAAUACAUCUGCAUGUGAAGAUAUAUCAUCAUCAAUAGACCCAGACAGUAGCAACAGCCAUCAUGCAGACCCUACUACGCCUCAUCAGGAAAGACAAGAUGGCCCAGUACCCGUUCCGGCCUCGUCUGCCUCACAUACUGUGCAACUUCCAAUGCGAGCUCGCCCAGAAUCAGCGGCACAGUCCCCGGUCAACGACACACCCUCCAAUGUCCCUCGUACGCCUCAAAGGCAGAUAUUGACAAGUCCAACGUCUGGCUCCAAUGACACGAGUGGCGACUAUGCACUAUCUGCUGCUGAUAUCUUCUCAGAUGCAAAGCUCAAUUCACGUACACAGGGUAAACCUUCGGGCGAUCCUAGCAAAUCACCAGGCGAUCCUCGCGGAAUACGUCACUUACAAGGUUAUGUCCGAUCAACCCCAACAGGCGAUGUGUAUGAUUUCCACGCGUCCUGGGAAAGCGAGCCGCGGCGGCGUAGUGCCCGUGAAGUGCCUGCAAUAAGAAGCCGAUCUGCAGGUCAUUUGGAAAACACCUACAGCAUGCAGCCACCAAGUAUAAACCCAUAUUUGAACUCUUUCUGGCCUGGGGAUUACAUGGCUUUUUUUGAAUCCGACCCAUCCCGGACGUCAGGGCCCGCAAGUCACAGUCCUUUCGGCAACGUCUUCAACACGCAGCCCCCGCAACCAACUAUGGCUCCAGGUCCCAACCCGUUUGGGCCUGAGGCCUACAUGGGUUCUUUUGAACUCGACCCAUCCCGGACGUCAGGGCCCACAACUCACAGUCCUUUCGAGAACGUCUUCAGCACGCAGCCCCCGCAACCAUCUGACUCGCGAUCCCCCAAUACUCAACAGGCCUCUUGCUGCAUAUUCUUAUUAUGGCUCCCUUCCUCCCGAAUCGAGAUAUACCAGCUCUGA